AAUCGUGACAUCAGAAUCAGAAUUAGAAUCAGGUUUAUUGGCCAAGUGUAUUGACACACAAGGAAUUUGGUUCCAGAAGUUCGCGAAUCUCAAAAGACAUCUUAUAAAGGACAUCCUGCGCAAAAGGUAUCUCAAGGUUUUUAAGUUGUAUCCAGAAAGCAAUGUUGCUGUUGUUGAACUGAGCACCAUGGGAGGAUGUGUGGGGAGAGAGCGCCCGGAGUCCCGAGGCUCAACCCGCCGAGGUAGGGGCCAGAGAAAGCGUGGAGCCCGUAAUGAACCUCUGAAGAAGGAUAAGCCAAGGUGGAAGAGCGACUACCCCAUGACAGAAGGGCAGCUGCGCAGCAAGAGGGAUGAGUUCUGGGACACGGCACCGGCUUUUGAGGGCCGGAAGGAAAUUUGGGACGCCUUAAAAGCGGCUGCUGUGGCUGUGGAAUGCAACGAUCAUGAGCUAGCUCAGGCUAUACUGGAUGGAGCCAGCAUCACACUACCACAUGGAUCCUUGACCGAGUGCUACGACGAGCUCGGCAAUCGCUACCAGCUCCCCGUCUACUGCUUGGCCCCACCGGUCAAUCUGAUCACCGAGAGGAGCGAUGAGGAUUCGAUGCCAGAAAAUUUAGAGACACAAACAGCCCCCAAAAAAGAGUUUCAGCUCAAGGUGCGUCUCUCGACUGGCAAGGACGUACGUCUCAGUGCCAGCAUGGCUGAUCCUGUGGGCCUGCUGAAGAAGCAGCUGCAAGCACAGGAGGGCAUCGAAGUGGCACGUCAACGCUGGUUCUUCUCUGGUAAAUUACUCACAGACAAGACACGCCUUCAGGACACUAAGAUCCAAAAAGACUUUGUUGUCCAAGUCAUUGUGAACCAGGCCGACUAUUAGUGAGGAAGUGAGGACCAAAUAGUGCAGAAAACACGGGAAGCGUGGGGGCUGCUUUGUGCUUUUUUUUUUUUUUGUUCCUCUUUUUUCCUCUCAUCAGGGAAAUAUAAUAUGAAAGAGAUAGCCAGCAUGUGGUGCCUUCUGUGCACUCACAAGCAUGUUUUUCAGCCUUUAUUUACAUAAAAACUAUGUUCCUAAAUUCGGGAGAGAGAAGAAAGAAAGAUGGAUGUCACAUGCCGCUUUAACGAUCUACUACAAAAUGUCAUUGUUUGGAUUCUGACCAUCACUGUACCUCACUGGAGACACUGGUUCUGUUUCAUUUUUUGACCGUGAAACCCAGUGAAAGUACUGUGUGACCUCACUCAGAAUCUUUUGAAACUUGCUUGGUGAGAAGUGAUUGUUGAAAGAAAGUGACAUUGUGGGUAUUGAUCAGAAAGAGUCGUGUUUAUGCUUGCUUGAGCAAAGUGCCAAUAUCAGUGAGGCUUAAAAAAGCAAAAGCACAUAAUCUUUUGACCCAUGAUUCUGGAAAGGCCUAAGAGGAUUGUUUCAACCCAUACCUCAGUGCUCCUGCUCCAGAUGAUCUCUCAAGGCUUUUAUUUCUUCUUUCAGUAUAAUUAAAAAUUAUUUUUUAAAUAGAAAACAGGAACUCGAGCUUCAUUUGCACACUUGCUUAUACGUAUAGCGUAGAGGUGUAUUGUGCGCCCUUUUAAAGUAAGAAAGAAUUAUUCUUAUAUGCUGAUUGUUUUCGAGGUGUGCCUUCGUAUGUGUCGGCUUAAAGGCCAGUGUCUUCAAUAUAAAGUCUGGCUUUUUUGUGUUUUAAAUCGUGGCUGGCCCCACAAAUGUCAUUUCAACCUUGUAGCCCAAUCAAAUUCAGAGCGAAGGCACAAUUUUACUAUGCAAUUUCUUUUUCAGUUCACAAAGUUGUUUUAUUUUAAUGUAUGCUGUGUGUAAAAGGAACAGGUUUAUCAGAUGGUUUUACCUGAUAUUACAUUUUCAAAAAAGUGCAUUCGUCGAGUUGCACAAUUCCUGAUGUGACCUUUAUCUUUGCUGGUACAGUCUGGAGGAUAAAAUAAAAUGACUGUAUUUCAGAUGCUCUGUUUUGGCUUUAUCUCUACUAGAUGUUGUCAUUAGAGUCUAAUGGAAAUGAGCAGAUAAGCUGUUGCAUAAAAAACCCCGCAGUGUCAGUGGCGGGGGUGGUGAUCAGGUGGCAACAAAGCACCAGUGUCUGACCAAAAGCAAAACCCCAGCGUUGAUAAAUCCCAGUGCAAAUAAAAACACAGUUUGUUUAUCUUUUUACUCCUCAGACUGUUUACCUGUACUUUGUCCAGGGUAAAUGUAAACUUUAAAAUUAAAUAGUACAAUAAGCCAUAACUUUGUAAAUGAUGUCCUUGGAAAGGCGCUCGCGCUUGUUUCAGCUGGCGUUGGAGUGUCUUAUUUUACUGUUAAAACCAUGUUAGGCUUCUCCUCCAUUUAAAAGUCACUGCAUCCAAAUGAUCGUCAGUAUAAAGACCUCAUCCAUAACAUCGGUCUUUAUCUCAAAUCACACAAACCUUGUGCUUUUACAUUCUUUUAUUAGGAUUACACCAGAUAAUUCAUCGGAUAGAGUCUAUGUCAGGGUCAUUUCUUUUUCCCCCCCAAAUUAACCUCAGAAUGUGCAAUACAGUUCUCCUGUACUAUCACAGUACAGUUACUGCCUAAUGGGUAAGGCACUGCCCUAUCCUGCCGAAUCACAGCUUCAUCAUUGUCCUGUUAUUGUCCUUAAUCCUGCUCAGUGUUUUGUUUUUGUUUGGAAGCAUUAAGAAGCUGCCUGAGACCGCUGUGUUGACUGUGACCUCUGCUGUUCAAACAGGUCUGAUUGGUUCCUCACAGUAAGCAGAACACAAAACCCACAUGUUAUGACAACAGACCUGAAAGCUUGUUUUUUUUCCCCCUCAGCAUUUUAGAUCAGUGACUUUCUGUUAUUACUAAGUACCUGAUCCAAAAAAAAACAAAAAACGGAUGGCUGGAUAUUGUUUUGUACUGUUAUUGGUAACUCUUGAUAAUUGUACAUGGAACCACAUUGAUGUUCAUGUUAAACAUGAAGUGAAAAUGUGGUAGAAAUCUGUGGGCUAAUCAGAGAAUGUCUUUGUAAAACGGUCCAUGAAGGAAGUGUGUUGGACAUGUGUACGCCUGUACUUUGAUUAUAUUUUUAGCCUUAACGAAUGCUGUUCGUUAUGCUAGACAAUCUCUCAUAAGCAGACUUGUUUAAGAAUGCUGUAGUAGAAACAGACAGGUUUCAUCCUGCAUCAAUACUGCUCAUGGUUGACGAAUGAUUGUAUGGCCUGUGGGAGGGGAGGAUCGGUCUGUUUCUCCUGCUCUUCGACUGUUCCAAAAUCUCCCUACAACGUACGAGGUUGGACAAGCGCCACAUUGUGACUGAAAAGCUGAAGGAGCCGUAACCCAAAGCCAUGGAUACUCCUGUUUUUCUUCAGAGUGCUUUUGAAGAGCUAGCACGAAGACCUCCUUUCCCUUACAAGCAUCCAAAACUAUCCAUAAGCCAUCAUUCUCUUCUGAAGCCUGCUGUUGUUUUGGGAAGGAGGGGAAGAGAAACUUGAUUUGAACAAUUGAAAGACUUUUAUAAAUCUCAGAUGAUUAUCUGUAUAUUGAGAAUCUGAAACGUGGUAAAUAUGUUGUAUAGAAUGUUUACACGUAAGCAGCCCUUUGCAAUCAUUUAUAAGGCUUUUCUUCCUCACAGAUAUUUUAAGUAUCAAUAAAAUCACUUCAAAUACAA